GUUAAGGAUUCAGGGCAAAGAAAAAGGAUAUUUUAGUUUUCUUGCAGAGAAUCAGAAUCUUUUUGCGCUUUGCAUCCUCAGAUUAAAGUCUCCUUUACUCAGAUUGUUAGUUUUUCUUGUUGUCCAUUGAUUCUUGCCUAUGAUCUUGGUUUUGCUUAAUGUAACUUGUUCAUAUUGUGAUAAUUAAAGACGUUAGCUUUGAUUUCUUCUGAUGUUCUUGUUGCAGAAUUGAUUUUUAUAUUUCAUUUGAGUUUUCUCUUGUGGUAAGAAUUAGGAUGGUAGAUCAUCUAGUGUUGGUUGUUGAUCGGUUAUCUGGAAAUUCUGGUUUAGGACCGGUAAACCGAGCAGAGCCAAAGGCAGACUCGGUUAACGAAGAUGGUGCAUUUGAAUCUGUAACUGCAGGAACUGACAUUUGUGAGAGAGAAUUUGUACAAUGUAGGAUUUGUCAUGACGAAGAUGAAGAUUCCAACAUGGAUACACCUUGUUCUUGGUCUGGAACAUUAAAGUUUGCACAUCAUAGUUGCGUCCAAAGAUGGUGCAACGAAAAAGGUGACACCGUCUGUGAAAUUUGCCGUCAGCAAUAUAAACCUGGUUACACAGCUCCACGACAAUUGUUUCACUACACAGGCCUCUCUAUGAACUUCAGGAAUGAUUGGGGAAUCGAGAGACUAGAUCUUCGUGACCCUUAUUUUCUAACCUGGGACGCAGCUGAUGAUCACGAGCUUUAUUCAUUUCAUAGCCCCACUAGCUUGAUGUGUUGUCGCGUAAUUGCCUUGCUCUUCAUCCUUUUGCUGUUCUUGCGCCAUUCUCUUCCGGUGUUUUUAGGUGGAGUAGAUGAUUUCUCGUUAACUUUGCUUAUGUUACCAUUAUUGAAAACAUUGGGAAUCUUGUUCGUUGCGUAUUUCUUUGUCAAGUCAUUCAUUAUACAACGUUGUAGGCAAGAGAGGGAUACGAGACUCUCUGGUUUCUCUUCUGACGAAGAAACUGCGCCGCCUCCGAUAUUGAUGGCAUUGCCCCAAGGACUUGAACUCCAUGUUCCCGUAAACUAAGACAAUCGAUAUGUUACUUCUCUGUUUGUAUGGUUUGAUUUGUACGUAUGUGUGUCAUAAACACACGUAGUGUACAACUAUACCCACAAAAUUUAAUGUUGCUUUGCUA